UUUUUAAAAAGCAUGUGGGAGUUUGCACGUGAGUAUUCGCUUUUUAGCUUUGUUUGCCAGGAGUAAGGAAAAGGGCGAAUAGCCCGGAAAGAGAAAGUUACGCGCCCUUUUUUGUUCUGUGUGUCAACUUUCUAUUUUACCCCUAAUAACCUCAUUCAACCAUGAAUGGAAUUUCACCAUCCUCAUCACCACCACUAGCCCCAUCUAAUCAAGAGGAUCAAGUUGCCAAGUUACAGGUGUCGGAGUCAACGGUGUCUACACAAGCAACACCAGCGGAGCCGUCGUCGCACAUGACACGCCAUGCCAUGACCGAUGAUAUUUCGACGGGCAGUGAAAGCAGUGAUGAGAACAACGAGGAUAACGUACCUCGACAAGAGCUAGAGCUGGUCAUUAAUGCACUUCAGACCACCGUCCUGAAAUCGACACCCCCACCCGAAGAAGCGCCUUCAUCAACUCGUGAUCGCGACGGUAGUCAUCAUAGCGCGGAUGAAUUGCAUAGUGGCGACGAAUUCCACGAGAGCAGCAGCAGCACGAGCAGCGAGUAUGAUUAUUCGACACAACAGCAGCAGCAACAACAACAACAACAUUCUGGUAUUAAGAGUGACGAAAUUGUUCCACCAACACCAGGAUCACCGCCACCCAACUUUGAGCCACCUGUGCGUCUGAGUACCGAGGAGGAUAUGCCGGAUGUAGAGUCGUUUAGCGCAAACUUGAUCGCUCUUCACGAUAUUAACUUGAAGGAAGUGAAAGCAAAUAACUCAAGUCCACGAGAGCAGGAAAGGAAAGAUGAACCUGUAUUAAGAGCAAUGCGCCAUCUAUUCAAUAAUCGAUUUAUGAAAGCAAAGCGACUGUUUGAGCGAGAGGCAAAGACUGAUCCGCUGCACGCGUUGGGUCUGGGAUCCAUGGCAUUUCUUAAAGCUGUUAUGACGGCCGACAACGAAGCAACCGAUAGAGCUAUUGACGUUUUAAUGGUGACAUACAGUUUGGCCACAGCACAGAUUGAUGCUGCGACAAAAAAGAAUGUGGGAGACUCUGUUGUGCAAUACUUUACAUCCUACUACAACCAUAUCAAAUACUCGCGAACGAACGGUCUCCCAGCGAGCCCAAAGCCAGCAACGCCACAAGCGAUCAAAAAGCAGAAAAUCACUUUUGUACCUAAUGGAAUUUUGCGUGCCCAUGUCGCUAAAGCCGAGUGCUGCUUACAAAUAGCGAUACUUCAGUUGCUGCAGGAAAGCGUUGUUGGAUAUAUCAAGUGCGGUCUAAACUUGCGACGAGCUUAUACGAGUUAUAGUCUUGUAUGGCAGGAGUACAAACGUAUGGGACAAUCUUUUAACGAUUUUAUUGAUCAAGACACCGUUUCCGGCAUUCAAUUCGGUAUUGGUACAGUGCACUUGGUCUUAUCGUCAUUACCACAAAAGGUACUACGCGUGGUCUCAGCAUUUGGAUGGAAAGCAGAUAAGCAUUUAGGUUUCGCUCUAUUGAAGCUAUGUCUGGAAGGCCGCCGAAUCAGAUCGCCGACUGCUUCUCUUAUGUUACUCGCCUAUUAUACUGUUUUGACUUCACUAUGUCCCCAAAUACUUACGAGCGAGUACACACAGCCUGCUAUUGAGACACUGUUGGAUGCACAGCGCACAUACCCUAAUUCCGCGUUUUUCCUGUACUUUGCCGGUCGUACUUCACGACUGGCACGCAACCUCAUCCUCUCGACACAAUCGUUUAUGUAUGCCAUCGAGAUUAGCAAGAACGAAUGGGCCGAAGUGGAAGUAUUACACCUCUGCAGUUAUGAGAUUGGCUUUAAUUACAUGAUGCAGCACAACUGGGGAGGUGCUGCCAAGAUAUUCGAGAACCUCUAUAAAGAACGUUAUUGGUCACCAGCCAUAUUCCGAUAUCUCCAUGGUGCAUGUCUGGAUAUGAUGGGCGAGCGUACCGACGCAAUCCUUGCAUUUGCCGAAGUGCCUGAGCUUGUUAAUGGCAAGACACCAUCUAGCAGCAGCAGCAGCAGCAGCAGCACAGCAGCUAUGAUGGAGCGUUACGUCUUACGCAAAGUCAACGCGUACCAGGCAACGGGGUACCAAGAUAUGGACAUGAACUUGUGUGCGCUCGAGUAUUUAUGCAUCUUUAAUGCAUUUGACUUUAUGGAUACGGCGCUUCUGGAACGUAGUUUGGCAGUUGCUGAUGGAGCACUGAAUCGUAUCCUGGAAGCUGAGCGAAUGGAGUAUGGGAUCCGAACAAGAGAACUAUUGCCUGAAACGCCACCACCGCAAUACUACGAUCAGCGCGGUACCCUAUUAUUAAUUAAAGCGUCGUUACAAAACGCCAUGGGUCACUAUCGUGAUGCGAUCAUACACCUCAAUUGGAUCAUUGAUCACAAGGAUAAGAUUGCCAGCGACAAGUGGGUGGUACCAUUUGCUUUUUGGCAAGCAGGCGUGACAUCUUGGGGAUUGGAUUACAAGACACGCGCACGUUCGUUCUGGGAGACAGCGUCCAAAUACACCAAGUUUGAUUUCGAGUAUCGUUUAGCCAUGACGAUUAAUUUGGCAAUUACCAGGGCCGACGAACUCAACGUGCCAAAACCAGAGCAGCGCAAAAGCAAGUUGGCGGGAAAGACUGAUGCCCCGCGGGAACAGCAGCAGCCGCCGCCGCCACAAUCAUCUUCAUCGGACACGACCACUCCGACCACACCAAUCGAAGAAGUUGCAGCGACAACAUCGGUCUGUCCUACUGCCGAUGAAACGAAAGAAAGUUCUAAAUCUGCCGAUUAAGUUGUUGAGUUGAUGGUCUAAAUGCCUUAUUGUUUGGAUUACUAUGUCAGCAGUUAAAUGUAUAUCAGUUAUGAAGAAUAAACAAAAGCCAUUGAAUGAGAUACGAGAACGUAUCAAUUAUUCCACAAA